AUGGCGAGUACUCCAGAUGUGCCACUCCAGUCGCGGGUGGUCGACGACAAGUCCCCAAAAUGUAUCCCAUUCAUCCUUGAGCGCCUAAAGGCCCACCAGGCGCAACAAUCCGCCUCCGGCGGCGCGGGCAGGCCCUUCGUGAUAGGCCUGAACGGCGUCCAGGGCGUGGGCAAGACGACCCUCGUCAAGGCCCUCGCCGAGACCCUCCAGCAGCGGGAGCUCCUGCAGACCAUCGUCGUCAGCAUAGACGACUUCUACCUCCGCCAUCAGGACCAGCUGGCCCUGGCCUCCGCCCACCCGGACAACGCCCUGGUGCAGGUGAGGGGCGAGCCGGGCACCCACGACACGGCCCUCAUGCGCGACGUCUUCACCUCGCUCGUCGCCUCCCGGCCCACCCUCAUCCCACAGUACGACAAGUCCGCCUUCAACGGGCUGGGCGACCGCGUGCCCCAGUCGGGCUGGAUCCCAGUCAACCAGCCCGGCCAGCCCCCCGUGCAGGUCGUGCUGCUCGAGGGCUGGUGCGUCGGCUUCAGAAGCGUCGGCCGCGACGUCGUCGAGGCCAAGUGGAGGGCCCCGAGCCGGACGCUGCACAGCCACAAGCUCGAGGACCUCUUCUUCGUCAACCAACAGCUGAAAGAGUACGACGUCGUGACCGACCUGUUCGACGCGUUCAUCCACAUCGACGCCGAGGACACGCAGUAUGUCUACGACUGGAGGCUGCAGCAGGAGCGGCAGCUGAGGCAGGAGAAGGGGUCCGGCAUGACGGACGAGCAGGUGGUCAAGUUCGUGGACGCCUAUUACCCGGCAUACGAGCUAUUCUCGGACGCGGUUAGGAAAGGGAUAUUCGCGGACCGCAAGGGCUGUCAGCUGCAGCUGACUGUAGGCAAGGAUAGGAGUGUCGUGGACAGCUUCACUAUUUAA